AUGUACUCAUCAACCACUCAGUUUGGCCAGAUAGGCUGGCCACCAUCUUGCACCGUAAUGCCGUGUCCUGAUAACGGCCCCAACCCCUUGCCCAUUACACUAGUUGAUGAUCGUGGCACACCUUUCAUUGCUUUUGUUCAAGAUCCUUACGAAGCCCACGGCCUCUACUACGAAAUGAGUCUCAACAACCAGAAGUUUGACGCCAACUCAUGUGCUUCCCAAAAAUACAUCGAGGCACCAUCCGACGUCGGCCAAAACCCGGGUUUCUACCCGAUCCCGCCGCAUUCUUUACUCAAGUCUGACGUAUCAGCUGUCGUCGGACAGCUAGGGAAUGCCGAUGGCAGUCCACCCUCUCAUCUGCUUCACCAGACAUCACUCGACUUCAAGGAGGAGAUGCUCCGCAACCGCCAUAUCAACAACAAUGAAAACACAUUCAUGGAGUGGGUGUACCCGCCCACAAAGGGAUCACCAGCUCGAAGCUUUAGUGAAAAUACGGUGCAGUGGGGGAGUGACGCCAUGUUUGACGCGGAGACGAGAACUGCGCGUCGUCGGGUUGGCGUACGGCAGCUUACGCAGUUCAGACUCCAAUUAAUGCCCGAGGAGGAGGAAGAGGAGGAGGAGGAAGAAGAAGAGGAGGAGGAAGAGGAGGAAGAGGAAGAACAGGAUGGCGAUGCCGAGGACGCAACAUCUCCGGGAGCCAGGUCCAGCCAAGCCCGCAGCCCGGCGUCCUCUGUCAGAAAGGGACCCAGCGGCCGAAGCAGACGAAACAUACCCAAGAAGGUUUACACAGACAGUCCUGCAGCUUCCGUUGCCAGACCUCUGAUGUCGAGACGAGAACCAAAGGGGCAACGCAAGAAGCUCACGAUUGAACAGAAGCGCAGCAACCACAUCCGGCACGAGAAGAAACGGCGCGGGCUCAUACGAGAUGGAUUCAAUGAUCUUACAGAGCUCGUCCCGGAGCUUCGGGGAGGAACAUGGUCACGAUCUAGGAUUUUGUUCAAGGGGGUGGAAUUUUUAACUACGCUGUUGGAGAAGAACGCGUCGUUGCAAGCAGAGCUGGAUGCCCUAAAAACGGGUGAACAAGCAAAAUGA